AAGCGGCAAUAACCGCUCUUUCCUUGCGCGCAGCGGUUUGCAGUGAAAAAAGCAGGCUCUCGAGAGCAAAAAUGGCUCGACAUUCUCUGCCGUCGAAGGUUGGAUGAUGCUUUCUUUGCCUUCCUUAAAGCUUGAAAAAUCUGUCGAUCGCUUGCAUCCGCUGUCCGAAAUUUUCAGUUCGUCACCUUGAUCGAGAGGAGGUUCUGGUUUCCCCGCUCGGGAGGCGCGCCGUCGGUGCGAAACCGGGGGCUCGCGUUUUCGCUUGCAUUCUAGGAUUAGGGAUUCGGUUGUUGCUGCGAUUAGGGUUUCGAAUGGUUCCGGAGGUUUGAUCGGUGUUAGUUUCGUCUGAUCGGAGGCGAAACGCGAGGAAUUUGCCUUCCGUACUUCGAGUUUUGUCAACUUGAAAGCAAUGCGUGAAGGCGGCGGUCGCGUCAGGUCCCGGACUCCUCCUCGCCGGAGGAGUGGUGGCCGCGGAUUCUCGCCUCCUAGGCACCGACGGCGAAUCUCGCCGCCAAGCCUCCGCAGGCGUUCGCGCGUGCGUUCUCCGGCACCGCGCCAUGGGGAGUAUUCUCUAUCUCAUCGGCGUCGUCGCGGUGAUUAUGAAGAAGAAAGGAAAUCGCAUUUGACAUAUGGCGCAAGUUAUGGGGAUUUCGCUUCAGCGCAUGCUCAGAGAGACAGGUCGGAGGAGCGGUUGAACAGAGCCGGUGAGUCAUCCCUGCCUUUUCGUGGCCGCCAGGAUUAUUCACCGCCUCGGCGCCAGGAUGUCUCGCAGCACUUGCAGUCACAGACACAUUCUCAGUUUGCGUCAGGCUCAGAUUUCUGUCGUGCUCGUGAAGAUCUGAGGAGGACAGGUGUAGUCUUUCCUGAAGAAAGACGUGCAAGUUUGCGUGAAGGAGGAUUAGACGAGGCUAAUGCAUUAGGAAGUGGAGAUAGGGGUGAGCACCUCAAAACAACUAUGCGGUUGGAUGAGGGUUCGUCAUAUGGAAAUUCCACUCUGACAAAGUUUCAGUGGAAUCAUUUAUUGGAAGAGGAGCAAGAAAGCUUCGGUAUCAGUAGGGACACGGUUGUUCCACACAUUAGGAGCAGGGGUGCUGAUUACCUUACCAAUGCUUAUAGAACUGAUAGUCAAAUAUUUUACCAGGGCAAGGAGGUUUUGGAUAAGAGGAUGGUUCACAAACCUGCUUUCCUUGAUGAUAAUGUAAAGGCUAGGACUUUUCCAGGACAUCUUGGUUUAAGUGUGAGACCGAGUGAUAGAUACCGGUACACUGAUGGUAACCAUGCAGAGCCAUUGGCUAAAUCGGGUUUGGAUGACCCAAUAUCCAAUGCUAAGCUUCCAGGAAUAGAGUCAUCUAGUGUAGGUGAGAUAGGCAAGUCCAGCUUGAACGGUGAUUCAGCUAAUGCAAUGUCGACUACUUGGACAAGAACAUAUUCAACUUUGCCCGUACAAGUUCCAGAUGACAACACUCUACCUUCUCCUUAUAAGAGUUUGACAAAAACAUAUUCUCCUUUGCCUGUACGUCUGGAACACGAUAACACUCUACCUUCUUCUCAUAAAAGUGGCCAUCCAUUGCCUCCAGAAGGAUUUAGCUGGAGUCAUGGGACUGGUAACCAUGACUCAUUUGCUGAAAUGCCUCCUCUCCGGUCAUCUACAGGGUCUGAAUAUCCUUUGAAGGACUUGUUAUGCUAUAACCGGACUCUAUAUGUUCCAGGGCAGGAUCCUGUUAGAGUUAACAAGCACUUUGAAGGGCAAAGGAAGGAGAGGAGUGAUGUAGACAAUUUACCUGAUAAAUCGUUUUAUGAAGAGAUGGAUAAUAUUAGAGAAACAUAUGGGCUGGAUGAUUCAUCCAAAGCCAGUCUUAUGUAUCUUGUUGAGGAUAAACAAGGCGGCUAUGAAAUACCUCAGGAGGAUUGUUUAACAGAAAGCUGGAAGUUGGACCAUCCUGAUUAUCCUACUGAAGCUUUAUAUAUGAGAGGGCGUGAGGAAUGCUUUGGUCCUGCAAGUAGUCAUAGACAAUAUAGAAAAGAGACAUAUUUAGAUAGCAAAAGCCUGCAAUUGGGAGGAGACGAUGCUUUUGGAAACAGUGACGAUCUUUGGGUGUAUAGAGAUGGUUUGAAGAACAUGCAGUUACCAGAACUUAAUGAUGGGUUGCACAAGAGAGACUGGAGCCCACAACAUAGGUUUUUAGUUGAAGAGACGGGUGCUAUAGGCCAGUCUGAAAGAUCUCUUAAAAGGGAGGAUAGUAUGGAUUUUGGAACGAGGAGUCAUUACCUCGAAGGUGAUUUUUACCGAAAUCAGAAUGCCAGCCAGAAGAUCUGGGAACCUCAUUAUGGCAAUGAAGACUGGAGUGAUGAAGAUAGUCACUUGUACGAUAACUUCCAACCGCAGACAACCAAAAGGACAUUUAAGGCAGAUACUUAUGAGAGUGGUGUUUGUGAUGACUACUUGUCUUGUGAGCACCUCCCAGUACGUCUGCAAGGAAGACUGAGCAAGCCCAUAAAGUUAAAAUCUAGAGACAUACAUAAGAGGUUGGGGCCACCUCAAAAAACUUGGUCAUCUAUUCCUUGGACGAAAAGACAUUUCCACAGGAGAAAUCCUAAUGAUCAUGAAAGUCACAUUGUUGAAGGUGGCAAUUGUAUGGAAACACGAGUUGCUUUAUCAGAGGAUGAGGCGGCAUAUGCCAAGGCAGAGCCACCUGAGGACUCUAAAGAGUUUAAGCAGCUCGUGAACGAUGCCUUUCUGAAGUAUUUCAAGUUUCUUAAUGAAACUUCAACCCAACGUAGAAAGUACACUGAUCAGAGAGGAUCUGGCCCGUUAAAAUGUGGUGUUUGUGGCAGCAACUCAAAGGAGUUUGGCAACACAGUAGCUUUGGUCAUGCAUGCAGUCAUGUCCAAAAAUGUUGGCUGUCGCGUGGAGCACCUGGGAUUUCACAAAGCACUGUGUGUGCUGCUGGGAUGGGAUAGUGCACCAGCAACUAAUGGUCCCUGGGCCUGGAAAAUGCUUCCUCCUUCUCAAGCCUCUUCCUUGCGAGAGGACCUCAUCAUAUGGCCGCCAGUAGUUGUCAUUCACAACAGUUCCAUAGCAAAUGCUUCUUCAGGAGAUAGGGUGAUCAUCAGCAUCGAAGAUCUGCAGACUGUUCUGCCAGUUAACUUUUUAAUUUGUGAUCAAGAGAUGGGAUUUGCUGUUGCAAUAAAGAAGGUCUCUCGGGGAAAGCCUGCAAAUCAGAGUAUCAUGGUGGUAUGUUACCAACCCACCUUGUCAGGUCUGCUGGAAGCUGAAAGGCUUCACCAGUAUUUUGCUGAGAUCAAGCAUGGCAGAGCUGAGUUGGAGCAAAGGAGCUGUCCUAGCAGCAGGGGAAGCAGCCAAAGAACAGGAUCGAGUGUAGCAAAUAAAGUGGCCAGCAUUCUAUACGGCUACUUUGGAAUUGCAGAGGACCUUGAUAAGCUGGAGUUUGAGACCAAGAAGAGGAGCGUUGUCCGGAGCAAGAGGGAGAUGCAGCACUUCGUUGAUGCUGCACUCGAAAAUCGAUGAUCGCAUCAUGUGGCUCUGUAAAUUUUCUUGUCCUUUUGGUUGACCUGGUCACGUGCAUCUGAUUGUAUUUAUACAUGUCGGCGAGUAGAUAACAUCUGUCUUCUGGCUUCUCUAGUCCGGCUAUAGGAUCAUCGCAGACCCAACUCCUUUGAAUGGAAAGAAGAGCGUCCCUUUUUUUUUAAAAAGAAA